AGCCGCCUUGGGACCGUGAUUCGAAAAAUCACGUCACAAAGUAUAAUAGACUAGAACAUACAGUCACAGGAUUCUCACCAGAGUAUCUACUACAUGGCACAGACACCAGUAACGUACCAGAAGAAUUAAGAAGAACAUAGAAGACUGGAUAACAGAUAAAAAGUUGGCAUUGGAAAGAACACUGAGAUCACAUAAGUAUAAUAAAAAUAUAUUCGACAGAAAUAGAAGACACCAUGAAUUCAACGUGGGAGAUUUGGUAUUCAUAGAAAAUGGAAACAAACUAUAGGAAAAAGCUAGAAGAACUAAGAAUCGGACCAUUCACAAUAGAGGAAAAAAUUUCGAACUCAAUUUACAAAAUAAAGACUGGUAAAAGAAAUCAGGAUUCAAGUCUAUUCCACGUGACGAAACUAAUUCCAAGGUUAAAUGAUGAGUGUGAUUGAAAAUUGUGCAAUUUUCCUCUCGCAGAGGGGAGAUGUAAAGAGAAUAUACUCUCUUUAAACUUAGCGCGCUUAGUAGGCUGCGCGCGCGCCUCUAUAACAUCCGCUAGAUGUCCCGUCGAGUAUGAGAUGAAGCGACAUCGGGGAGAGGAACCGACAGCUAACAGCCGUAUUCAUACGGCGGUAUUCAUAGUCGUUCCUCAAGGGAUAAGGGGCCCUCAUUGGCUCACUUAUUUCGCGGACGCGUUUCAUAGUCGAAACUUGAGGGCUCAUAAUGCCCUCAAUUGGCUUCUUCCCUUGAGGUUGGUCGUGAGAUCCUUCAAAGCUGAAGCUAUUCGAGGUUAUACGGAGAAGCUUUGCCAGAACUGUUUGUGACAAAUGGAGGAAUUUGACGUUUUCUACGAAAGUGAUACUAGCAACGAGGGUGAGGAUGAGCAACCCAAUUAUCUAAGAAAACGCUAUAUCCGUGAUUAUGCAAAUCUUUUAGAGCACUAUGAAGACCAUGAAUUUUCAAGAAGAUAUCAAUUUACUAAAGCCGUUGUAAUUGAUGUAUUGUUGCCUUUAACGCGUGCGAAGCUGGAAAAGCAUUGUAAUCGAGGACUACCUAUACCUCCACUUAUACAAUUGCUAACAGCCUUAAGAUUUUAUGCAUCAAACAGUUUUCAGAUGGUUCAUGAAGAUCUGCGUUGGUUGAGUCAAGCCUCAGUAAGCCGCAUCGUGAAAAACGUCUCCAUGGCAUUUGCUGAACAGUUGAAGCAAUUUAUUUGUUUCCCACGAAGUGACACAGGAAUCCGUCGAAAUACAGCAACAUUUUACACGAUUGCUCAUUUUCCUUCUGUUGUUGGAUGUUUGGAUUGUACACACAUUCCAAUUUCAAAUCCAGGCGGAGAAAAUGCCGAAGUUUUUCAAUGCAGAAAAGGCUAUUUUUCUUUAAAUGUACAGGUUGUCUGUGGCCCAAACAUGGAAAUUAUGGAUAUUGUUGUAAGACCUAUCGUUCAACACACGAUAGCGUAAUUUUUGAUAGAAGUGCUGUUCGAGCACGUUUUGAAGCAGGCGAAUUUCCCGGCGUUUUGCUUGGAGAUAACGGAUAUCCCUGUCGUAAAUACUUAUUAACUCCAAUAUUAAAUCCAAGUGAUGAGCAGGAAAUUGGUUACAAUAAUGCCCAUAUAAAAACUCGAAAUAUCAUUGAAAGAGUUUUUGGUGUUUGGAAACGUCGCUUUCCAUGCUUACAAAACGGUUUGCGAACAGGAUUGAAAUCGACGUUGGCAACUAUUUGUUCUUGUGCUGUAUUGUAUAAUAUAGGUUUACGUCAUAAUGAAAAUAACAUUCUUGAUCAAAAUGUAGUUUCCGACGAUGUAGACGAUGGAUCAGUUUACAUUAAUUCUAAUGAAGGAAAUUCGUAAUUCGCAGUCCGCAGAACAUUCGUGAAUACUUACUUUUAAGUUUCUGUUUGUUUUACUGUAAAUGAACGUAUAACGAUAUUUCUAGUUAUGAUUUUGGGUAAGACUAAAUAAUAGAUUACGCACAUUUACCAUUAAAAUUAUAUUUAUAUCUAA